AUGGCGCUGCAGACUGUCACAUUCCCAAUUGUUCCGGUGGUCAGGACGCACAUUAUCGUCAACAGCAUCCUCGUCGCCAUCGCCGUCGUUAUUCUCGGACUCCGCCUUUUCGCACGCAUCGUGACCGGGGCAAAGCUUUGGUGGGAUGACUACUUGAUACUUCUUGCAAUGCCCCUGGGCAUCGGCAUGCUUGUCAUUGAGGGCCUUUAUGCGCCGAUGGGAGUUGGACGUCCGGUCACCGAAACGCAGCCGAAUAUGGUCGUCGUCCUGAAGCUGACCGUCGCGUAUGCGUUGAUAUACACAGCGUGCAUCACCAUCGUUAAGCUUAGCAUCCUCUGUUUCUACCUCCGAGUCUUCCCCAGCAGCAAGUUGCGCAUUGCCACGCAGAUUGUGAUCGGGCUUGUGUCGUUAUGGGGCUUGGGUAGUCUCAUCAUGUUCUUCUUUGUCUGCCGGCCUUUCCAAGCGACCUGGAAUCCCCUCGCCGAGGACAGUUGCGCAGACCGAAUCUCGACAUUCCUCGCAGUCGGGGCUUAUAACAUCGUUAGCGACAUCGUCAUCCUCGCAUUGCCCUUGCGCACAAUGUGGACGCUGAACACGCGGAGCCAAAUGAAGGUUGCGCUGACAGUACUCUUUCUGACCGGCCUGCUCAGGGUGUCUGUCGUCGCAGUCUGUCGGGUCAUUACAUUGACGCACCUCGACGUGGAUAAUGCAACAGGCACCAUGGUAUGGGCUGACUUUCUCGCGACCCUCGAGGCCAAUCUUGGCAUCAUUUGCGUGUCGCUGCCGAUGUUGGGUCCACUGGUCAUAAAAUACACCAAAGGCCAAGGAGCGAGUAAGAUGGGAAGAUGCGGCCUUUUCGAUCAACCCAGACAAUCAGGCUCGAGACUUCGCAGUAGGAAGAAGCGUCCCGGUCUUGAGACUCUCGCGCUGCAGUCAAUUUACGACCAUGGCGCAGACACGAACCACGCCACAACCGUGUCUGUCGCACAACCAUCCAGCCCAGAUGGAAGUCAGACACAAUUAAAUCCGCUGCAGCGCGAGCUUUCUGGGCAGCCUCGCGUCCGAGGAGGUGCCAUCCUCGUCGAAAGCAAGUGGGAGAUCCGUCGCUCUCAGGCUUAG